UAAGGAUCAUGUCUGCGAGUCAGGAUUCCCGAUCCAGAGACAAUGGCCCCGAUGGGAUGGAGCCCGAAGGCGUCAUCGAGAGUAACUGGAAUGAGAUUGUUGACAGCUUUGAUGACAUGAACCUUUCUGAAUCACUCCUCCAUGGCAUCUAUGCCUAUGGUUUUGAGAAGCCCUCUGCCAUCCAGCAGCGAGCCAUUCUUCCUUGUAUCAAGGGUUAUGAUGUGAUCGCUCAAGCCCAAUCUGGGACUGGGAAAAUGGCCACUUUUGCCAUAUCAAUUCUGCAACAGAUUGAAUUGGAUCUAAAGGCCACCCAGGCCUUGGUCCUGGCACUCACUAGAGAGUUGGCUCAGCAGAUAUAGAAGGUAGUUAUGGCCUUAGGAGCUCCCCAUAUCAUCGUGGGUACCCCAGGCCAUGUGUUUGACAUGCUUAACCGGAGAUAUCUGUCUCCCAAGUACAUCAAGAUGUUUGUACUAGAUGAAGCUGAUGAAAUGUUAAGCCGUGGGUUCAAGGACCAGAUCUAUGACAUAUUCCAAAAGCUCAAUAGCAACACCCAGGUGGUUUUGCUGUCAGCUACAAUGUCUUCUGAUGUGCUUGAGGUGACCAAGAAGUUCAUGAGGGACCCAAUUAGAAUUCUUGUCAAAAAGGAAGAGUUGACGCUGGAGAGUAUCCGCCAAUUCUACAUCAAUGUGGAAUGAGAGGAGUGGAAGCUGGACACACUGUGCGACUUGUAUGAAAUCCUGACCGUCACAAAGGCAGUCAUCUUCAUCAACACCUGAAGGAAGGUGGAUUGGCUCACUGAGAUGAUGCAUGCCCGAGACUUCACUGUCUCUGCCAUGCAUGGAGAUAUGGACCAAAAAGAACGAGAUGUUAUCAUGAGGGAGUUCCACGCUGGCUCUAGCAGAGUAUUGAUUACCACUGACCUACUGGCCAGAGACAUUGAUGUGCAGCAGGUUUCCU